AUGCACGAACGUGGUCAGGACGGAGCAGGAGUGUUGCCUGGCAUGAUUCCCACGCCGUUCCUGGCCACAUACGAGGACACUCCCGCCAGUGCCCGUGGAGCGGACACCGUUCUUGGCGGCGAUGGGGGUGGGGACGACGUCGCUAGGCGUGCGAUGGAUCAAAUACGGCUGCUGUGGGCGCAGGUUCAGGCGAGUCGUGGGACUAAGAGUACAUCGGCUGCGGCACACGGGGGCGGGCCGAACUUCACCAUUGGCGAGGACCUGCAUGCCGCUCUCGCGGGAAUGGACGGCGCUGCGGCAAAUGAGUCGGGCAAAGGUGGCGGAGUUGUCAUGCCAGCCGCGGAACCCCAGCCGCAGGCGAGGAGGCCGAACAGCAGGUUUGGAGAUGCACCCCAACAGAGUGAGGUUCGGAGGGACGCGUGUGUGGCGACGCAGGCACGAACACGACCCGCUUGUGCUGCCGAAGAGUUAGCACCGGUUGCAGAGGCAUUUGCGCGUCCACACCGUGGAUUUGCAAUGAACCGACUGUCAGGAGCUGGAAGGCUGGCGAUCGUGGGGAACCACGUGGCUCCCCGGGUGGGCGGAGUUGGCGUGGGGACAGAGACGGGGAUGGCCGCGGGGAGCGUAGCGCCUGAUGGUGUUGCGUGGGAUCGACACGCGCCAGGCAUGCAAGGAAGAGGGUUGAAGCGCGAGCGGCCGAAGAUGACGAUCAUGGUCGACUACAACCCAAACGAUGCCUGGCCUGAGUUGCAGCCGGGAAUGCCUCCGGCAGACAAGAUACACUUUUAUGCCAAGAAGGCGAUGCAUCUGCUGUUGCGUUCAUGCGCCACGCAUGGCGUAACGCACUGGCCGACGGACGAGGAGAGGAACGUGGCCCUUCUCGUGGUGCUCGGGUGCCACUACGACGUAUGUCAGCUAGACGUUGACCGCGCCAUGAACGACGGGGCGUACAGCAAGGUUGUCAACAAGAUCUGGUCGAAGUUCAGGAGUGACUCGUCGUCGAACGGACGCCGACGGAUCGUGGAUGGGCUGGAGAUCAAGGUCGCAGCCACCAGCAUCUACAAACUGGAGAUCGAUAUCGACACCAAGAAGGAUCUGCACCGGAAAUACGCGCCCAGUGAGUGUCGUGGGUGCAAGGGGGGGAUCCCGAUGGAGGGCUCACAGGGCAGAGCCUAUGUGCUGAAAGUGAUCACCCAUUGGCUGGGUGUGUCAAAGGGCAGGUGGUACGAUCCCGUUGUGGGCGGAUUCCGUUGGGGGGCAGAGCACCUUUAUGUCAACGAGAGUGACCUGGAGGAGUUCAAGCCCGUGCAAUAUGGGGGAAAGAUGGACCCGGGUGGUGACACCGACGAGCCGUGGCUCGCUUGA